AUGGCAGACAUGGCAGAUUUUGUGGGUCAGGAGCCACAUCCAGUUGAUGGUGACCUGUUUAAGGAACCGAUGAAAAAAAGAAGGCGAUCCGAUAGAGACCAGCGAUUCCGAGCAUUCCCCUCCGUGGAACAAAGCGCUCUUAAGGAAUAUGAGAAGCUGGAGUCACGGACCAGAAGGGUGUUGAGCAACACUUACCAGAAACUGAUUCAGUGCGUCUUCCUGGACGACAGCAUUCCGAAUGGACUCAAGUAUCUCAUAAACAGGCUUCUUGCUUUGAUUGAAAAACCAUCAUUGGACCCAAUCUACAUUGGAUUAUUUGGAAGCACUGGGUCUGGGAAGAGCUCCCUGAUCAAUGCCAUCAUCCAGCAAGCAAUGUUUCUACCAGUGUCUGGAGAAAGUAUAUGUACGUCAUGUAUUGUACAAGUGAGCUCAGGCUGCUGUGAGCAGUAUGAGGCCAAAAUCCACCUUCUCUCUGACCAGGAGUGGAAGGAGGAGCUGAAGAAUUUGACUAAACUCCUGCACAGGACAGAGGAGCUGGGCCGAGAAGAGGAGGAUGUGUGGGACGGGGAUGAUGCAGUGGAGGAAGCUGUCUGGAAGCUACAAAUGCUUUAUGGAAAUGGGGCGGAAAGGAAGACCUAUGAGGAAUUACUAAGAGCAAAGCCCAAAGGAAAGAUUCCCACCUCUAGAGUCAUCACCCUCAAGGCAGAAGAGGCAGGAGAGCUGUCUGUCAAGCUGGACCCCUACAUCAGGACUAAGAGGAGAGACUGGGAUGGAGACCCAGCGGAGACACACAUCUGGCCCUUGAUCAAACAUGUGGAAGUGACUCUUCCCAAAUCAGAGCUGAUUCCAGAAGGGGUUGUGCUGGUGGACAUUCCAGGCACCGGUGACUUCAACAGCAAGAGGGAUGAGAUGUGGAAAAAGACCAUUGAUAAAUGCUCAGUGAUCUGGGUGAUCACUGACAUUGAGAGGGUGUCUGGAGGGAGAGCCCACGAAGACCUUCUGAAUGAGAGCAUCAAAGCCUGCCAGCGGGGUUUCUGCAGGGACAUUGCCCUGGUGGUCACCAAGACCGACAAACUCCACCUGCCGGAAUACCUAAGGGAAAGGAAAGUGGGAAAUCAAGCUAUUCAAAGUCAGCGAGAAGCUGUUUUAGAAAGAAAUGAAAUGAUAAAACUACAAAGGAAUAGAAUUCUCAAGGAAAAACUAAAGAGAAAAUUGCCGGCUGACUCCAAGGUUCUGGAAGCUUCCAAUCUGGUGUACACAGUCAGCGCCCAGGAGUACUGGUGGCAGGCUCUCCUCACUGAAGAGGAAACUGAAAUCCCCAAGUUAAGAGAAUAUAUCAGGAGAAGGCUCUUGGAGAAGAAGAGGAGGAUGGUGACCAAGUACGUUACGGAAGCCUUUGGCCUGCUGCUCCUCACAGACAGUUUCAACUGCACGGAAAACCUGCCGAACGAACACUUGCACCUGAGUGGCCUGCGGAGAUUUGUGGAAGAGAAAAUACAGCUGCUGGAGAAGGCCAUCGACCAGUGCUUUGCCCACAUCGCCCGGCCUCUGCAAGAAGGGGUCAGAAAUGCCAGGACUUCCUACCGACGGAUCCUCGGGGCCUGUCUGGUGAGGAGCAGAGGCAAUCAAGGUUUUCACCAAACUCUGAAGGCUGUUUGCCUGAAGAACGGCAUCUAUGCCUCCAGGACUCUGGCAAGAAUAGAUCUGAAUGAAGCCAUCACUCAGCCCAUCUAUGACCAGAUUGAUCCUGUUUUUGGAGGCAUUUUUAGGACUGGAACGCCCACCGGUUCAGCUUUGAUGCCUCACAUAGAUGCUUUUAAGCACUCUCUCCAGGAGAAAAUGACGGAAAUUGGGAUAAGAAAUGGCUGGAAACAUGAUAGCUACAAAAGAAGUUUCCUGAUCCAGGAGAUAAGCGCCAUCCUGGGGGGCCUGGAGGGCCACAUCCUCCGGAAGAAGAGGAGGAUCUAUGAGUCGCUCACCAGCUCUGUUCAGAACGACCUGAAGCCCUGCUACGAAGAGGCAGCCCAGAUCACUGGCAAAAAAGCGUGUGAGAGGAUGAAAGAUGUCAUCAGAAGAGGGGUGGACCAGCAGGUGGCUGAGGGCAUGUUUGAAAGGGCUCAAGAAAGGAUGCAGCACCAGUUUCAGCAGCUGAAGCAUGGAAUCACGGAGAAGGUGAAGGGCAGUAUCGCCACCAUGCUGACCCUUGCUUCAUCCCAGGGGGAUGGUCUCUACAAGGAGCUUGCAGACGUCAAAAGCGAGUACAAGGAGAUGGAAAAGCUGCACAGGAGCCUGCGGGAGGUUGCCGAGAACGCAGUGCUGCGGAGAGGCAUGCAAGACUUCCUCCUGAGGAUGUCCCCCAGCAAAGCUGGCCCCCCCAGAACAUAAAUUUAAUUCUUGGCACCAAGUGGAUGAGAGACAGCCCUGGAGCCAAAUAAUGAGAAUUACUUCUGUUUUGUAAAAUCUAAUAAAAACCAUCUCCCAACUGUUUGGGCUUUAAAUACACUAUAAAACUCAACGGAUUGUUCCUGGUGGCAGAAGUGGAUGACUGAGCAACCUCAUUUCGUUUUG